UCCUGCUCCCUUCUUCUUUAGCAAGAAAGAAAGAAGAAAGAAAACAGUCCCCGGCCGCCGCACCUGAGAGCCCUCAUAAAAGUUCGUCGAAAAUAAUUGGCGAAAAGACUGGAUCUUUAUCUGCAGCGAGGUGCUUCUGGAGAAGAAGGGUAAGCAGGAUUCAGACAUCCAUCAGGAGAUGGGGGUCAAGAAGCCGCAGCCGGCGCCGGAGAAGCCAAAGCCGGAGCCGCAGGUGCUAGUGCCGCCGGUCUUCGACUUCCCUCCCUUGGCCGCCCGCACCAGGAUGUUGGUGCCGGCAUAUGAGCUCAUGUUCGGAAAGCUCGCGCGACGCAGCCUCUUUGAUGACUACCUCCAUUCUGGGGGCGUGGAUGCGCAGAUUGUGUUGAAGCAGCUGGGAGAUUCUCAUGCUGAUCUCACUGCCACCAUGUCUACAAAUGGGGGGGAAGCUCACUUUCGAUGGCAGAGGGAUUUGAAAGAUCCCAAUACGUUUGUAGACUUUCUUGUGUCGACUUCAAAGCCCACAAUGCGGCUGUCUUCAAGCAUUUACUAUCCGAAGUAUCGUAUUGGCGCCUUUGGGACAUUCCCUUUGAAUAUGGCAAACAGGGCAUGCCCAGAAGAUUAUGGUGUCAUGGGUUUAAGAUAUGGUUCAGAGAAUCUAUCAAUUGGGGCCUCCUUCGUCCCAUUUCCUUCGCCUGGUGAGGUACCCUAUGGUGCAUGGUUGGUUGGGAGAAAAGGGAAUUUAAGUGCAGGCGUACAAUACAAACCAAUAGGUGGAAGCAAGCAUCCUAUGCCUUUUACUGACUUGAUGAACUGGAAUUGUGCAAUCGGUUAUGGUGUAGGCUCAAGUAGCCCACUCAGCCCUUCAUUUAAUUUUGCACUAGAGCUUGUUAGAAGUUCGCAGCUGGUUGCAUCGUUCUAUCAACACCAUAUUUCUGCAAAGGUACUAAAUUAUCGGGGUGGAGAUGAAACUUUGAACUACAUUGAUCUUGGACUUGAGCUAGCCACAAGGGUGGAUAAAGACAAACCAACAGAUGAUGCUGGCAAUUCAUCGUUUCAGGUAGCUGCAAGUUGGCAGCUUCAUACAGAUUUACUUGUAAAGGGGAAAUUAGGCCCUUCGAAAUCUUCUGCAGCAUUGGCGUAUAAGUUUCCACCCUUCUUUACAUGUAGUAUCACAGUUGAAAAUGAUCAUUCGAAAGGUACAAGAUCGUAUGGGUUGGGAAUUCGUGUUGAGGAUUUCAGAGAAGCCAGAUACCAAACACUUAAUCGAGAGUGUACGGUCUUGAAACAACAUGAGAUAGACGUUGAUGGGAAGAAGCGCACCCUCGAGUUUGACUUUGGUCCAGGCAACUAUGACAAUUUACCAACGGAGUUGAAACCUAUUGACAAAGUAUUGUAAUUGUAGGUUGUUACACUUGCUCUUCAUCAUGUAGUCGGGAAGCCCCAUAAAACUAUCAGUUAUUAUGGGUGUUAGUAGAUUAGUUGAUCGACUCUGCUUUGAUAAGGAAUGUGUUGAGACAGACUGUCAUUCAACCGUGAAAUACAAUGGUACUGUAUGCAGUUAUCUGUCAAAUGUUCAAGAGAUAGAUCUUCAACUGUCA